AUGAUUAAAAACAAUGAAGAAGUCAUAGAAACUAAUGAAAACGUCAUCCGUAAAUUUCUAAAAUAAAAAAUUGAUACUUAUUGUUUAGAAAUAGAGUAGAAUAUCGAAGUAUAUGUCAUUAAUUUAAUCUUUUAGUCUUCUUUCAAUAGAAUCGAUGCAUAACUUGAUUAAUUAAUGAAUGAAUUACAAAAGCCCUUUAAUUCAAAUUUCCAAUAAUCUUAACAAUCAAUUCCACCUUUAUAACAUAUUUUAUUACCAUUCACAGAUUUUGGAAAUUCAGAAUUUGGUAAUUAAAUGAUUCAUUAAAUAAUACCAUUAAUUAAGGUUUAAAUUGAAAAUCAAAUAAAAAAGAAAGAGUAAUGUCUUCAUUAAAGAAUAAAUUCAUAAUAAUAAUCAUAAAAUCCUAAUUUAGAAUUACACUAGAUUUAAAACUAGUAAUUUGAACUUUAAUAUGAAAAUUUUAACAUCCAAUAAAUUAAUUCAACAUAAACUCAAAUAUAAUAAUCAAUUGAACUAGUUGAUAAGUUAUAGUAAUUUAAUCAAGUGAAUCUAGAGGUUAUGCAGGAAAAAGGUUAAUAAUUAUUCCUAUUUUAGCAAACAAUUUAACUAAAUUGAAUUAGUUUGAAGAUGCAAUAUAAGUGUAUAAAGAUAUAAUUCAAAUUAAUCCAGCACAUGAUAUAUCAUAUUAAAAAAUAGGUAUUCUAUAUUCUUAAUAAAUUAGCUGAUAUCUUAAGAGAUUUAAAAUCUUAUUAAUAAGCAAAAGAAUUUUAUGAUUAAUGCAUUUCAAUUAAUGUAAAUAAUUCAAAAGCUUAAUUUGGGAAAGGUUUAAUAGAAUAUAUUUAUUUAGGCGAAUGUUUAAGGGAGACUUAUUAAUAUAAUGAAGCCUUAAAAUAUUUUGUGAAAGCUAUUUAAAUUGACUCAUCUUAAUUAGAGUAUUAUAUGAAUUAGGGUAAAAGAUAAAGAUAUAUAUUAAUUAGGAGAUUGUCUACUUAACUUAAAUUAAUAUCAAGAAGCAUUAGAUGUUUAUGAUAAAUGUUUAAUAAUAGAUGCAUUUAAUGCUGAAGCAUAUGCAGGAAAAGGUUGGAAUAUAUAUUCUAAGAUUAAGGAACAUCUUUAGUUUUGUUAGAUAGAAAAGAUGAAGCAUUAUAAAAUUUAUAAUAAUCAUAAACAUUAUAAAAUAAUUCGACUUUAGGACUAAAUGGGCUUGGUAACAUGUAACAAAUAUUUUAGGGUUAUAUUAUUUAGAGAGCUUGAAUGAUUAUGAGAAAGCAAUAGAAUAUCUUGAUAAAGCUUUGACUGUCAAUCCUUAAUAUUUAUAUUCUUUGCAUAACAAAGGUAUAUUUAAAUAAAUUAUUUAAAGGUAAUUGUUUAAAAAGUUUUGGUUAAUUUGAAUAAGCUAUUGAAUGGUAUGAUAAAGCUUUGGCUAUCAAUCCUUAAAAUAUAAAUUCUUUAGAUUGCAAAGGUAAAAUUAAAUAAAUUAUUUAAAGGUUGUUGCUUAGGUAGUUUGGGUCAAUUUGAAUAAGCUAUUGAAUGGUAUGAUAAAGCGUUGGCUAUCAAUCCUUAAUACUUAGAUUCUUUGAAUGGCAAAGGUAAGUUUAAAUAAAUUAUUUAAAGGUUGUUGCUUAUAUAGUUUGGGUUAAUUUGUUAAAUUCUUUAAAUGGCAAAGGUAAGUUUAAAUAAAUUAUUUAAAGGUUGUUGCUUAUAUAGUUUGGGUUAAUUUGA